AUGAAAGUUCUUUGGAUUUGUUUGACAGUGCCUUGCCUGACACUUUGUCAAUUGUUUGGUGUAGGGGCUCUAUCGGCAUUUAAUUCUUCAUUCGAGUUGAUUGGGAACAAUAAUUCCACAUUAAUCAGUGAAGGAAAAGAUAUUAAUCAUGUAAUAUAUAAUACCCUAACCACGUGUCCAUAUGCUUAUGGUGAAGAAGGCAUUUACGAAAUUACGGUUCCUGGUCUUGAGCCAUUCCCAGUAUUAUGCAAUGCUCAAAUUGCAGGAGCUGGUUAUAUUGUCGUCGCCAGUCGAACAAAUGCCGAAACGAAUUUUUAUAGAAAUUGGAAGGCUUUCAAAUUGGGCUUCGGAGACAUGUCUGGCGACUUUUUCUUAGGACUGGAUAAACUUCAUGCCAUAACCAAAUCGCAGACAUAUGAGUUAUAUUUCCAAUUGGAGGACUUCGAAGGAAGCACAAGAUUUGCUCGAUACGAUGAAUUUUAUAUUGAAAACGAGAAUGAAUCGUAUAAAAUGACUAAGUUGGGAACUUAUACUGGAGAUGCCGGAGAUUCCUUGACGGAAAAAUCAAAAUUUGGAGAAUUCUCAACAUUUGAUAGGGACAACCACGGAGAGUGUGCAAAAGAGCGCCUCGGCGCUUGGUGGCAUACAAGAUGCACUUAUAGCAAUCUAUUUGGAAUGUAUUAUGAAGGGGCACACAAUAGUAGUUUGGGUUGGACUGGCAUGUCAUGGGAGGCUUGGCAUGGAAAUAACUAUUCAUUUAAAGCCAUGAAAAUUAUGAUCAGGGCCAAAAACUUGUGUCCCUGUUGAAACUCUUACACAAAUUAAGUCAAAAAUUUCGUAUUACUCAUAUAUUUUACAAGUUAUCACAAGCCAGUUUGAACUUAGUCAAAGUUUAAUACAAUU